AGAUCAAGUUCCAGAUACGUUUUUCUGUUAACAUAAUUACUGAAAACUGUGGCUUAUUUAUAGAAUUAGUUAAUUACUGAACCUAAAUCCCAGUGAAUGGGUAAAACCCAGUGAAUGGAUAACAAAAGGACUUCUUACUCUUUAAUUUGAUCUCUCAUGGUCAUUUCUUAUCCCUGGUUUGUUGUAAACCUGAUGUGCUAUGGUCUAUGUUACAGACUUUUCGGACAUUUCGGACAAAUUACUCUUCCUAAAUCAAUCGUGGCAAGAAAGUUAAUUAUUUUUCAAAAUGUUUUCCUCUAAAUUUUAUAGACCCCAGACAUAUAUUAAAGCUCUAAGAGACAGGUAAAAGUUCACUUUUUGUCACCCGGGAUGCAGGAAAGAGGGAACUGAGGGAGGUAAAGAAGGUCUUUCAAAAAAUGUAUAGAAAAAAUCUGGAAUCUUAGCUCAUUUUCUCAAAGAAGCAUCAUCUCUGCAACCUUCCGAUUGGGAUCUACACCAUCUUCCCUACAGGAUCCUACUUUUAUUUCUUCACCACUUCAUUCAAACUCACUUUUGUCAACAUGUGCGAGCAACCAGAGCCUGUCUGCCCCAUAAAUGCCACCAUCUGCAUGGGCACGUCCUGCCUGGUGCCCCGUGAUCCGUUCAAUGACAUCCUCAACGUGGUGAUGAGCACCACGCUUACCAUCAUGCUGGCCUUGGUCAUGUUUUCAAUGGGUUGCACUGUCGAAGCAAGAAAGCUGUGGGUGCACAUCCGCAGGCCCUGGGGCAUUUUCAUCGGUUUCCUGUGCCAGUUUGGCAUCAUGCCUUUCACAGCCUUUGCGCUUUCAUUGAUUUUCAACGUGCUUCCGAUCCAGGCUAUAGCCAUCAUCAUCAUGGGCUGUUGCCCUGGAGGUUCCAGCUCCAAUGUUUUCUGCUACUGGCUUGAUGGAGACAUGGACCUAAGCAUCAGCAUGACAACAUGUUCUUCACUUCUGGCUCUGGGAAUGAUGCCUCUUUGUCUGCUAAUCUACACCACAGUCUGGACUACAGGCGAUGCUAUUCAGAUCCCUUACGACAGCAUCGGAAUCACACUAGUGAGUUUACUUGUGCCUGUCUGUAUUGGGAUGUACACGAAACACAGGUGGCCCAAAGCAGCCAAAAAGAUCCUCAAGGUGGGAUCUGUGGUAGGAAUCCUCCUAAUCGUCAUCAUUGCAGUCAUAGGUGGUGUUCUGUAUCAGUCCUCAUGGACCAUUGCUCCUUCGCUUUGGAUCAUCGGCACCAUUUAUCCAUUUGUUGGCUUUGGUCUGGGCUUUCUUCUGGCACGCUUUGUGGGACAACCUUGGUACAGGUGCCGCACCAUCGCUUUAGAAACAGGCAUGCAGAACUCCCAGCUGGCCAGUACUAUUACCCAGCUGUCCUUCAGUCCUGCGGAGCUUGAGCUCAUGUUCGCUUUCCCCUUAAUCUACAGUAUCUUCCAACUGGUUGUAGCUGGGAUUGCGAUAGGACUUUAUUACUCAGUAAAGCGCUGUAUGCGGGGGACAUCGGCAGAGGAGGACGGGGAAGGCGCACAGAGCACAGUUGAGGAUCAGGACAAGCAGAAUUACGCCUUGGAGAAUGGUGGCUUUCACACUGAUGAGAAUGGCAACUCUGAGAAUAAGGACAAAGGUACAAAGUUGUGAACCAAACAUCAUUCUGCUAGCCUGUGUGACCAGAGCGGUCAGCACUGACCUUCUGGAGGCAUGAACUUUGAACAAGUUAUUCAAGCUCAACCAGAGAGUAUAUCGAUAAACUCAACCCCAGUUGAGACAAGUGGAUGCACUUUCCUACAUUCUACAAAAAGCAUUUAAACGUUGUUGGGUUUUUUUGUUUUUUUUUAUGAUGAGUAUGCCCACGGGUUUACUAACACAAAGCUGUAUUUUGUCUGUGUAUUGUGUGUUAUGUUUUGUCUUUGGUCUGCAACUUUCAAUUAAUAUAUCUUAGAUUCAGCAUAUUUACUGAAAUACGAGAGACUCUCUUAAAAAAAAACCCUAAAAAUGCUAGUAAUUCCAACACCAAUGUAAUAGAAGUUAAAUAUUUAAUAAUUUAAGAAAACAUACAUUACAUAUGUCUAGUAGGUUGAAUGUAAGCUAAUUUAUUUAAAUGUUUAUUUGUAUGCACAUAAUUGUAAUGGACCUUUUAAUGUUUUGCUUUUUUCAAAUAUUUAUGUACGAUACAGAAAAUGUAUAAUUGCAUUGUAAGCCUUUUUUUUUUUUUUUUUAAACCAUGUUUGAGCAAUGGUACUUUUCUACAUACAUGGGGAUCAAAACAACAGGGAUUUAAAAAAUUUUUAUUGCUUUAAAUUCCUUAACAUUUAAACAUAAACAUUGCUUACAAGCUCUAAAAAAAUUAGAUAUUAGAUUAGCAUUUCAUGCAGUGUGUUUCACUUUUUUAU